AGAAGAGAAGUGGAAAGAAAACGCAAAUAUGCAUUGAAGACUUUCCCUUUGUCUCUCUCUCUUGACAAAAUCCCAAUUUUCGCAUCCUCCUCACUUUCUCUCCUUUUCCUUUUUUUUUUUGUUUUUUCUUCUGCCGCCACCACCACCACUGUUGUUAAUUCGCCGCCGCUUCCACAUCAAUCGCCGUUGUAGCCAUCAUCGUUCACCAUCCUCCGCUUCUCUAGAUUCUUAGGGUUUCUGCUGCCGCUUCUCUGUCUCAUCUGGGAGGGUUUUUUUUUUCGAGCUGGAUUCUCUGCUCCUGCGCCGCUGGUGCAGCGGCUUUGUUGAUUGAUCUGGAUUUCUCCCGUCUUCGCUUCUAUUUUUAUUGUCGCUUCUCUCCCAAUCCAAUACAAAAAAAGCUAGGGCUGAGGAUUUGAUUUGCGUGAUUCCGGGGCGGGGGGUGUGUUAAUUCGGGGGUGUGUUCUCCGAUUUGGAUGGCAUUAGGAGACUUAAUGGUGUCUCGGUUCUCGCAAUCUUCUGUUUCUUUGGUCUCUAAUCACCGAUACGACGACGACUGUGUCUCUAGUCACGAUGACGGUGAUUCACGGAGGAAGGAUUCUGAGGCUAAGAGCAGUAGCUACGGGAAUGGUACAACUGAGAGAGCCGCCACCGCCACCAGCAUGGCUUACUUGCCUCAGACUAUUGUGCUCUGCGAGCUUCGACAUGACGCAUCCGAGGCUUCUUCUCCCUUGGGGACUUCGGAGAUUGUAUUUAUCCCCAAAUGGCGGCUUAAAGAACGAAUGAAAACCGGAUGUGUAGCUUUAGUUCUGUGUUUGAACAUCACUGUUGAUCCGCCGGAUGUUAUAAAGAUAUCUCCAUGUGCUAGAAUCGAGGCCUGGAUAGAUCCAUUUUCCAUGGCACCGCCUAAAGCUCUUGAGACAAUUGGAAAGAACUUGAGCACUCAGUAUGAGAGAUGGCAACCAAGGGCUCGGUAUAAGGUUCAACUAGAUCCGACGGUAGAUGAGGUGAGGAAGCUGUGCUUGACUUGUCGGAAAUAUGCAAAAACCGAGAGAGUUCUAUUCCAUUAUAAUGGGCAUGGUGUGCCAAAGCCUACAGCUAAUGGUGAAAUUUGGGUAUUCAACAAGAGUUAUACACAGUACAUUCCCUUGCCAAUCAGUGAGCUUGAUUCUUGGUUGAAGACACCCUCCAUCUACGUUUUUGACUGCUCUGCUGCUAGGAUGAUUCUUAAUGCCUUUGCUGAGCUUCAUGAUUGGGGUUCUUCUGGUUCCUCUGGAUCCUCAAGGGACUGCAUUAUACUUGCUGCUUGUGAUGUACAUGAGACACUUCCUCAGAGCGUUGAAUUCCCAGCUGAUGUUUUUACGUCUUGCCUCACAACGCCCAUUAAAAUGGCGUUAAAAUGGUUCUGCAGGCGUUCUCUUCUGAAAGAAAUCAUCGAUGAAUCACUUAUUGACAGGAUUCCAGGCCGGCAAAAUGACCGUAAGACGUUGUUAGGGGAGUUGAACUGGAUUUUCACAGCAGUGACGGAUACAAUUGCAUGGAAUGUGCUGCCUCAUGAACUUUUCCAGAGAUUAUUCAGACAGGACUUGUUGGUCGCUAGCCUUUUCCGAAAUUUCUUACUUGCUGAGAGAAUAAUGCGGUCUGCAAACUGUAAUCCAAUAUCUCACCCUAUGCUGCCUCCUACGCAUCAACAUCAUAUGUGGGAUGCAUGGGACAUGGCUGCUGAAAUCUGUCUUUCUCACCUUCCCCAACUUGUUGUGGACCCAAGCGCAGAGUUCCAGCCAAGUCCCUUUUUUACUGAGCAACUGACAGCUUUUGAGGUGUGGCUUGAUCAUGGAUCUGAGCAUAAGAAGCCACCGGAGCAGUUGCCCAUUGUCCUUCAGGUGUUACUUAGCCAGUGCCAUCGGUUUCGUGCUCUUGUACUUCUUGGAAGAUUUCUUGAUAUGGGUUCAUGGGCUGUGGAUCUGGCCUUGUCUGUUGGAAUAUUCCCAUACGUGCUGAAGCUUCUGCAAACAACAACGAAUGAGCUAAGACAGAUUCUGGUUUUCAUAUGGACAAAAAUACUUGCACUUGAUAAGUCAUGUCAAAUUGAUCUUGUGAAGGAUGGGGGACAUAUNCUGCCUCCUACGCAUCAACAUCAUAUGUGGGAUGCAUGGGACAUGGCUGCUGAAAUCUGUCUUUCUCACCUUCCCCAACUUGUUGUGGACCCAAGCGCAGAGUUCCAGCCAAGUCCCUUUUUUACUGAGCAACUGACAGCUUUUGAGGUGUGGCUUGAUCAUGGAUCUGAGCAUAAGAAGCCACCGGAGCAGUUGCCCAUUGUCCUUCAGGUGUUACUUAGCCAGUGCCAUCGGUUUCGUGCUCUUGUACUUCUUGGAAGAUUUCUUGAUAUGGGUUCAUGGGCUGUGGAUCUGGCCUUGUCUGUUGGAAUAUUCCCAUACGUGCUGAAGCUUCUGCAAACAACAACGAAUGAGCUAAGACAGAUUCUGGUUUUCAUAUGGACAAAAAUACUUGCACUUGAUAAGUCAUGUCAAAUUGAUCUUGUGAAGGAUGGGGGACAUAUAUAUUUCAUACGAUUUCUAGAUAGCUCGGGUGCAUUUCCAGAACAACGAGCUAUGGCUGCUUUUGUUCUGGCUGUCAUUGUUGACGGACAUCGACGAGGCCAGGAAGCAUGUCUUGAAGCUAAUUUAAUUGGUGUUUGUCUGGGGCACCUUGAAGCAUCCAGACCAAGUGAUCCACAGCCAGAACCAUUGUUUCUACAAUGGCUUUGUCUUUGUCUUGGAAAGUUGUGGGAAGAUUUUAUGGAGGCCCAAAUAAUGGGCAGGGAAGCAAAUGCUUUUGAAAAGUUGGCACCUCUGCUUUCCGAGCCCCAACCUGAGGUAAGGGCUGCUGCUGUUUUUGCCCUGGGUACCUUACUUGACAUUGGGUUUGACUCUAAUAAAAGUGUGGUGGAGGAUGAAUUUGAUGAUGAUGAAAAGAUUAGAGCCGAAGAUGCUAUCAUUAAAAGUCUCUUAGAUGUAGUUUCAGAUGGGAGUCCACUUGUCCGAGCAGAGGUUGCCGUAGCUCUUGCACGUUUUGCCUUUGGCCACAAACAGCACCUAAAGUCAGCCGCAGCUUCAUAUUGGAAGCCUCAGUCAAGUUCUUUGCUUACUUCGCUCCCUUCAGUAGCUAAAUUCCAUGAUCCUGGGAGUGCAACGAUUGUUUCUUUACACAUGAGUCCUCUGACCAGAGCUAGCACUGAUAGCCAACCAGUGGCUCGUGAGGCUAGGAUCUCAAGCAGCCCUCUUGGCUCUUCUGGGCUGAUGCAUGGAUCUCCAUUAUCUGAUGAUUCUUCGUUACAUUCUGAUUCUGGAAUUAUGCAUGAAAAUGUCAGCAAUGGAGCUGUCCAUCAGUCUAGACUGUUGGAUAAUGCUGUUUAUUCGCAAUGCGUUCGAGCUAUGUUUGCAUUAGCUAAAGAUCCAUCUCCACGUAUUGCAAGUCUUGGACGGCGUGUUCUUUCUAUUAUUGGAAUCGAACAGGUUGUUGCGAAACCCUCGAAACCCACUGGCCGACCAGGGGAAGCUGCAACGACAUCUCACACUCCACUUGCUGGGCUAGCUCGUUCAUCCUCUUGGUUUGAUAUGCAUGCAGGUAAUCUGCCCUUAAGUUUUAGGACUCCCCCGGUCAGCCCUCCUAGAACAAACUAUCUGAGUGGACUGAGGAGAGUUUGUUCGUUAGAGUUCAGGCCUCAUCUGUUGGGUUCACCCGACUCAGGAUUGGCUGAUCCGCUUUUAGGCGUCAGUGGAUCUGAACGAAGUUUGCUUCCACUAUCAACUAUCUACAGCUGGAGUUGUGGCCACUUUUCUAAACCGCUUCUUGGUGGUGCGGAUGCUAGUCAAGAAAUUGCAGCCAAAAGAGAAGAAAAAGAAAAAUUUGCACUUGAGCAUAUUGCAAAAUGCCAGCACUCAUCUAUUAGCAAGCUCAACAAUAAUCCUAUUGCCAACUGGGAUACGAGGUUCGAAACGGGAACAAAGACGGCCCUCCUUCACCCAUUCUCUCCUAUUGUAGUUGCUGCAGACGAGAAUGAACGGAUCAGAGUGUGGAACUAUGAGGAAGCAACUCUUCUCAAUGGCUUUGACAAUCAUGAUUUUCCUGACAAAGGAAUUUCAAAGCUCUGCCUGGUUAAUGAACUUGACGAUUCUCUGCUACUUGUUGCGUCAUGCGAUGGGUCCGUCCGGAUAUGGAAAAACUAUGCAACAAAGGGUAAACAAAAGCUUAUGCUUGCAAGUUGA